CAUUUUGCACUGGAUGCUCAAGAAUAUCUUAGGAUGUUUGAUAGCCAAUGAUUCCUUUGCUGCUUUGUUUCCACUCCUAGACCCUUUCAUAGCCAUGUCUUCAUCUCCUGGAAUCUCAGUUCUUUGUAGUGGUGGAUCAACAGCAGCUGAGCUUCCAAUGCAGGAUUUGGUAUCAUUUGAGGAUGUAGCUGUGUUUUUCUCUGUGGAGGAGUGGGCCCUGCUGGAUUCUGAGCAAAAAGCCCUGUACCAAGAAGUCAUGCUGGAAAACAAGAGGAACAUGGCCUCAUUAGGACAAAAUACUGUCCUUUUCCAUCAACUCUUUCUUAGGCUAGAAGUGUCUUCCCAAGGAAAGCGACCAAGCUCUACUCCGGCUCAACAUGGAGGUGACGGAUGGGAGAUGGAGGAUUCUGGCCAAGAGGUAGCAGCACCUUUGCCAAAAGACAAAAAGGAAGUUGCAGAAAAAAAGAAGAGGUUGCAUCAACUCAGGGAGGGUAGAACAAGGAUUACUCAGAGCAAGGAACCGAAUAGGACCCAUACAGGGGAAAAGCCAUAUCACUGCAUGGUGUGUGGAAAGAGAUUCAGGCAAAAAGGUCAUCUUAAAUCACACAAGAGCAUCCACAAAGGAGAAAAACCAUUUCAAUGCAUGGAGUGUGGAAAGAGCUUCAAUGCAAAAAUUAGCUAUAUCAUACAUAGCAGAAUCCACACGGGGGAGAAACCCUUUCAAUGCCUGCAGUGCGGAAAGAGCUUCAGUCAAAAAGGUAAUCUUAAGUCACAUGAGAGGAUCCACACGGGAGAAAAACCAUUUCAAUGCAUGGAGUGUGGAAAGAGCUUCCGUCGCUCUGAAUACCUUACUGACCAUCACAGAAUCCACACAGGGGAGAAACCCUUUCAAUGCCUGCAAUGUGGAAAGCGCUUUUCCCGUUCUGAUAACUUUCGUGUCCAUAAACGGACGCACGCAGGGGAGAAACCGUACAAAUGCCUGGA